AUGAUAAGAAAACGACUAAUUGUUUUGCUCCCUUUUCUCGCAGCUCUUCCCGAUAGAAACUGUACUGAUUGCAUCACCUUCCUUGACGAAAAUGAUAUAAAACCAACACAAGCAAGCACGACAAUGACAGUUGAUGAAAACGAGCAAAACGAUUUCAAUAUUCUUGUCCUAAUGAACAACUUAACAAAUUCAUACAUUAUCUCUGGUGACGGCUCAACAAUCACUUCGCCAACAAUAAAAGGACUUCUUGAGUAUCCUACAACAUCUUAUGACUACGUUGCUAAUUCUCCAUAUGCGUUAUUAAAGGAUCAGUUAUAUAUUUUUGGUGGAAGCAGAUAUGGAGAUCAGCGAAAAAUAGCAAAAUUAUUCGGUUGUCGAUUUAGUCAAUUGGGAACUCGAUUGAAUUAUCCAUAUGAUGGAAGAGCUGCCGCUCUAGCGAUUGAAAAUAACACUCAAGCGCUUAUUUGUUUUGACAGUUACAAAUGGAAUUUAAGAUAGAGUGUGAAGAAGAUUCUUAUUGCGAAUGGUGUCACAACUGAAGAUGAAUGGAACGAAAAUGUUUCUCUUUACAAGCAAGGAUACAAACAAAGAUGGCGAGAUUAUAUCAAAUGCUCAUCCUACUAUCGAUCGAAAGGGAGUUCGAAGAUCAACAAUUACCUUCAUAAUGGAAUUUUCGAUCCGUCUAAACGACACCUCUUGUUUCCACCUGAAGUUCUUGAUAUCGCUGAUUUUCCAAAACGUUCUUCGCAGCCAUGGUCCGGCUCGAUGAAGAUGGUGCUUUUCGCUCCCAUGAUGAUUUUUGACAGUGACAACAAUGAGUUUAUUUCCUGGAACGAAUUGGAUAUGGCUUUGCAAGAAGUGAAAAGACGGCGAGAAAAAUUCGGUGCUGCACUGGAGAGUAAAGAAGUUCAGUAUUUCUUCUCAAAAUGGAAACCAUCGACAAUUCAUGGUCUCGACAUUGACGACCUGGUUGUAUUUACUUCAGAAGCCUGGAAUUAUUACAUUGAGAAUCUUCGCCCGCCGACAAACCAACGAAAUUUUGCGUGA